AGCGCUCAGCGGAGCAUCCCGCGUCUCGAGCGACGAGCAGAACGCGCAAAUGAUGAUUUCUGGCGUUUUCAUUCGCGAUAGGUGAUGGUUGCACACCGAAGAGGGAUCGUUCAUUAUGGCCCGAGCCGUGGAAUAUUUCCAGACGGUUGUUCUUUAAGUGAGGAAUGUCAGCUGGUGUUUCUUCCAUCGGGAUUCACGCGCAAAUUGCAGGAAGAUGAAGAAGCAAUUCAACCGCAUGCGACAGCUGGCCAACCAGACAGUGGGCAGGGCAGAGAAGACAGAAGUGCUGAGUGAAGAUCUGCUGCAGGUGGAGAAGCGUCUGGAGCUGGUUAAGCAGGUGUCUCACAGCACUCAUAAGAAGUUGACGGCGUGUCUUCAGGGUCAGCAGGGUGUGGAUGUGGAGAAGCGGUCCGUCCGCUCGCCUUCAAAGAAGCUUCCUCUGACGUCUCUGGCUCAGUGUCUGGUGGAAGGAGCUGCGAUUCUGGGAGACGAUUCUCUGCUGGGGAAGAUGCUGAUGAUCUGCGGAGAGACGCAGGACAGACUUGCUCAAGAACUUCUGCUGUUCGAGCUCCAGAUCGAGCGAGAUGUCGUUGAGCCGCUCUACACUCUCUCUGAGGUUGAAAUUCCCAACAUUCAGAAGCAAAGAAAACAUUUAGCCAAACUGGUACUGGACAUGGAUUCUGCUCGCACACGGUGGCACCAGUCGUCCAAAUCCUCAACUCUGACUAAUAAGGAAACGCCUACCGGGGCCAAAGCCGACGCCCUCAGGGAGGAGAUGGAGGAGGCGGCCAAUCGCAUGGAGAUCUGUCGAGAUCAGCUCUCGGCGGACAUGUAUAGUUUCGUGGCCAAAGAAAUUGACUAUGCAAACUACUUCCAGACGCUGAUCGAGGUUCAGGCGGAGUACCACAGGAAGUCUUUGGAGUUGCUCCAGAACGUUCUGCCACAAAUUAAAGCGCAACAGGAGUCGUGGGUGGAGAAGCCGUGUUACGGGAAACCGUUAGAGGAGCAUCUGACUCUGAGCGGGAGAGAAAUCGCUUUCCCCAUCGAAGCAUGUGUGACCAUGCUGCUGGACUGCGGCCUACAGGAGGAGGGUUUGUUUCGAGUCGCUCCUUCUGCCUCGAAGUUGAAGAAGCUGAAGGCGUCGCUGGACUGCGGCGUGCUGGACUUUCAGGAAUAUUCUGCAGAUCCGCACGCCAUCGCAGGUGCUCUGAAAUCAUACCUGCGCGAGCUGCCCGAACCCCUGCUGACCUUUGACCUGUAUGACGACUGGAUUCAGGCGUCGAAUGUUGCGGAUCAGGACAAGCGUCUGCAGGCGUUGUUAUCGACCUGUGAGAAACUUCCUACAGCAAACAGCAACAACUUCAAGUAUUUAAUCAAAUUUCUUGCUAAGCUGAACGAGGAUCAAGAUUAUAAUAAAAUGACGCCAGGAAACAUUGCGAUUGUUCUGGGGCCAAACCUGCUGUGGGCGCAUACGGAGGGGAACAUCACAGAGAUGAUGACCACAGUCUCGCUGCAGAUCGUGGGGAUCAUUGAGCCCAUUAUCCAGCAUGCUGACUGGUUCUUCCCCGGAGAGAUCGAGUUUAACGUGACGGGAAACUACGGCAGUCCUGUUCACACCAACCACAACGCUAACUACAGCUCCAUGCCCUCGCCGGACUUGGACCAAUCAGAUCGCAGGCAGCCGGACCAGAGCCGACGCCCACUCAGCGUUGCCACCGACAACAUGAUGCUGGAGUUCUACAAGAAAGACGGCAUUAGGAAAAUUCAGAGUAUGGGAGUGCGAGUGAUGGACACCUCCUGGGUUUCUCGGAGAGGCUCCUCCUCGUCUCGUAAGAGCUCCUCGACUCCGCCCAGCGUUCAGCUGCAGUCCUCUGAUUCGCUGAACCCCGAGCAGAUGGCCGAUCUCUCCACCUCCCCCUCACAGACUCCGCCCCCCAUCAGCGCCGAUAGGACCAGCUUCGACGAGGCAUCAUCCAAUCGCUGGGACCCCUGUCCCGUCUGUCCCUCCCCUGAGGAGGAGCGCCCGCCCCCUCCGUACCCGUUCUCUUUCCCCUCUUCCUCCUCCUCCUCCUCGUUCCCUCACCCUCGAGUGCGUCCCGAAUGCGUUCCUCCCUCGGCGUUUAGCCGCUGGUCCGUGUUCAGUCCUCCUCCGCCUCCGCUCCUCCUCUCCUCCACCUCUCUAGACAUCAACUUCAACCCCAAACCCUCCGAGCCCGUCUACAUCAAACCCCCGCUGCUCCCCGCCGCUCCGCCGGGGGCCGCCUGCAGCCGAGAGAGAGGACUCAGAGUGCCUAGCACUCAGAAGAAUAAGGAGCCCUCGCCUGUGAUUGGUCAAAGAGGCAUUUCACCCACGGCUCCCUCUGCUGGACAGAACCAGCUGUCAGACCAGAGUCCUCUCACGCUGCGCAAAGUUUCCAAGAAGCUGGCCCCCAUCCCUCCCAAGGGUGCGUACUCUCCGUCGAGCUGCGUGUCGGAUCUGUCUCCGGGUCCGUCUCCGGUCAGUCUGUCCCCGACGCCCCGCACCCCGUCCUCAUACAGCUUCAGUUACCCGCAGGGCGGCUCCGUCCUCAGCUCGCCCGGACACAACCACAGCCAGACGCUUGCUGGGACCCUCCCCAAAUCACGGCCCAAACCUCCCCGGCAGAGACCCAGCCUGCCCCCGCCGCAGCCGCCGCCGCUGGACGCUCUGUCCGCCGGGGAGAGCAUGUCUACAGACUCGUGGUAUGAUUUGGACGUUCCCAUAAUAAGCGUGGAUCUGGACGGGAGAUACAGGAACUCUGUGGAUCUGCUGGAGUCGGAGGAGGAAGAGUCGGAGAGCACCGCCCUUUGAUUACCCACAAUCCUUCACUCCCUCCCUUCACCGCACAAAUGACGUUGUAUUGUCCAUGUGAUCCUCUGCACUGACCCACAGACAGGAUCUGAAGCGCUGGUCCCGUCGUCUUUGUGUUUUUUAUGUAUUUGCAGUUUUUCCAUGUGGUUUGUUUUCUAUUUGCCUUAUCUGAGUUCUUGCACUUUUGCCUUGAAGUUCGUGUAACGUGUGUUUAAAAAUCACACAAACACACUGAAACCUCAUUGUGUCUAAACCCAGACUAGCAUUCACCAACUAUACAAACAGCUCCUGACAGACACACUACAGCACAAUCCGCUCGUGUGUGUGUGUAUGUGUGUGUGUUUGAUGAAUGUGAGCGUCCGAGAUGAGAUUUCAGAUGAAAGACGCUCUUGCUGUGGUUUGCGGUCAGAUUUUUAAUUGAGAUCAUUUGUUAGGGGUCGUUCACACAACACGUGUCAGAAUUCACUGUUCAAAAGUUUGGGGUCAGUAAGAUUUUUUAUAUGUUUUUGAGUCUCUUCUGCUCACAAAGGCUGCAUUUAUUUCAUCAAAAAUACUGUAAAAACAGUAAAUAUUAUUAGAAUGUAAAACAGCUGUUUUCUAUGUGAAUAUCUGUUAAACUGUAAUUUAUUUCUGUGAUGCGCAGCUGUAUUUUCAGCAUCAUUACUGCAGUCUUCAGCGUCACAUGAUCUUCAGAAAUCAUUCUAAUAUGCUGAUUUGCUGCUCAAGAAACAUUUAUGAUUAUUAUCAAUGUUGAAAACAGUUGUGCUGCACAAUAUUUUUCUGGAAACCGUGAUGCAUUUUAUUUUUCAGGAUUCUUAGAUGAACAGAAAGUUCAAAAGAACAGCAUUUAUUAGAAAUAGAAAUCUUUUAUAACAUUAUAAAUGUCUUUAAGCGGUACUUUUGAUCAAUUCAGUGUGUCCUUGCUUUUGAAAUGUCGUUCAAAAAAUAAAAAUCUUACUGACCCCAAACUUUUAAACAGUCGUGUAAAUGAAAAAAUUCACAUCAGAACUUUAUCUUCAAAAAAAAAAAAAAAUCACAAAUGUUUGUUUUUAAAGUGCUUUGUGUGAACGAAGCCUCGGUGUGAGAUAGAAAAACUGAAUGAAUGCUGGAUAAAGUAAAGUGUGUUUGUACUGACAUCAAACCUUACUGAAAAAUUAAAGAUAAUAUAUAAAGUAUCAUAUCACAGAAAAUAUCAAAUAUAAAACAGAUAUAAAUUAUUUAUAUUGUAUUUACAAUAACAUUAAUAUAACUAAAUGCUUACUGAGCAGAAAACAGCGAGGGCAGUUUAUGAAUGUGUUCAUUUCAUCUGGAUAUUUUAGAAUCAGGACCGUUCCUUAUGAUCAAUUACUGGAUAACGAUAUAUACAUAUAUAUAUAUAUAUAUUCAUUUCACUUAAGAUUUUAGGAAUAAUUUCAAUGAAUUUUUCCAGACCUGCAAAUCACAUUUUAACUCUUUGAUGCAUUAACUAGUGAAUCAAUAUACUGAAAAAAAUACAUCAAUGUUUCUAAACAACAUCAUCAUUCCACGUCAGCAGAUAUGAUCUUAUAUUUUUAAAUUAUGUAUUAUAAGAGAGUAUUUUACACAUCUGACCACUGCAAUAAAACAUAGUAGCAGUUAUUGUAGAUAUAAACACAUAUAAAGAGGAAUUUAGGAGUAAAGGUCAUCAUCUGUCCCGCCCUAAAUGAUUCAAAUGUCUCCUCAUGCAUUCGAGGGUUAAAAUUGCCUGAUAUUUCCAGGUUUUCCAUGACUUUGCGACCGAAUACGUCUGAUUAAUAUGAAUAUGUUAUCGAUAAUUUGUCUCAAACUCUGCUGUAAGUAUUAGCAUGUGUAAAUGCUGCUCACUCUCUGCUGUACAUAAUCUAUAGAAGCAAAGGUCAAAUAUUUAUCAAUCUCUCUCUAUAUAAACAUAUAUGUACAGACAAUAUUAUUUUUGCUUCAGAUACAAUGCUGGUUUGUGUAAAUACACUAUGAAUCGCCGCGGAUCCUGUGAAGGUCUCUGAUAACAGGAUAAAGCUCCAGUGCGUUUGCUGAAGAAUCAGACGCGCAAAUAAACUGAAAGCGAUCCGGAUUGCGACAGAGAUUAAACCGAAGUCACACGUUUACCUCUUACGGACGCUUGUUGUGUGCGAGAGUCUGUCUGCAUGUUUCAAACCAUACUUUAAAGUCAACAUGAAACCCAUUUUACCUCCGUAAUGUGAUGUUCUGAAUGAAACCGGAGAAAGAUAAAUAGUAAAUAAGGUCACGUUGACUUUGAAAUCCUCCUAAUGUGAAUGUCUGAUGAUUUUGUGUGUGUGUGCGUGCAGGUUAUCAUCAGUCUUUGUGGAUUUCUUCUCCAUUUUGUGCUUCUGUUUGACCGAAAUUUGACUUCAGGUGACACAUUAAUCCAGAGGAAUAUCAGUAGAUCAGGGGAAUCUGAGAUGCAACGUGUAAAGAGUCUAUAAACUCCAUAUUGCUGUUUUUAAUGCAUUUUCGCAGCUAAAUGCUCUGAUUUUAUUUUCCUAGCGGAUGAGAGCAGGUCUGUCAGGAACUCAGAGGUGAAGAUGAACUUUCAUACGUUUGUGGAUCUGAAUGUGCUUGUUUUCUGUAUCUUGAUAUGGUGGUUUUGUAGUUUUGUUGGCUGAAGCUCAUUUUUAUAUGAAGGUUUUAUCAGCACAAGUGACCAUUAAAUAAGGUCAGACUGCCGUUUGUGUUUUAGCAGGUUUAAGGCAGCGUUUUCAGUAGCAGACGCAAUCUAAUGUGUUGAACUGACCUGAUAUUGGUAGCUAAAAUCAUAAUUAGACUUAAUAUGUCAUAAACAAACAUGCAAGGAUUGGGAAACGUUAUUGAAGUGCAUUUGGAAAAUGUGUGUUUUGGGGCUCGAUCUGGGUUAUUGUAAAGAUGCUCUGAUGUCUUAACUAGAUGUUUGUAAAUCUGCCGCAUGCUUUGCAUUCAUUACCUACAAUGUAAUCUAAAUCUUGAAACACUUUUAUACAUGCUAUUAUAGCUUUUUGGCAAAAAAAAAGAAGAACGGUAAUACCCAGAUAACUCCAUCCCGCAAUAUCAGCUGCUAAUCAAAACCACUUCUGUAGAUCGCAUGCAACCUCCUCCUAACGCUGAUUUGCGACCAAGCAACUUUAAAGGAAUAUUUCACCCGCUUGGAUGCGCUGCAGUGAAUGGGUGCCGUCAGAAUGAGAGUCUGAUAAAAACAUCACAAUAAUCCACAGCACUCCAGUCCAUCAGUUAACAUCUGGAGAAGACAAAAGCUGAAACUAAUCCAGCAUUAAGACGCUUUUAACUAAAAUACCAUAGAGUCCAUAAUCCUGGAGUGCUGUGGAUUAUUGUGAUGUUUUUAUCCGCUCUCAUUCUGACGGCACCCAUUCACUGCAGAGCAUCCAUUGCUGAGACAUUCCUCCAAAUCUGAUGAAGAAACACACUCAUCCUAAUCUCGGAUGGCCUGCAGGUGCCCACAUUUUCAUUUCUGGGUAAACUAUUCCUUUAAGUCAUGCAUGUUCAAUAAAAGUUUAAAAUCACCAACUCUCAUUGAAAAUAAUUGACUUUUACAGUCUGAACACAUCUUAAGAUAGACUGAACUCAGCGCCGUUACUCACAAGCUCUUAACUAAGUUCUUUCCUCACCGUCUCACGUAUAUCUGAUCAGUAUAUCACUUAGCAGGCUAGUUAAUGACUCAAUAACCACACAAACCACCACAGACGCCGUGUGUAUAUUUGUGUGUUGGAGUUUUUAAUGCUGCAUGCUCUUUCACCGUCAUGCCGUUGAGUCCUGUCCGAUUCUUGUUUAUUUACUGUUACCGAUGUGUUUCAUGCUUGAUUUACACUUGAACAAACGGGGGCCAAAUAAAUGGAGCGUCAUUUCCUCAGAGAAUGAUUUUUUUUUUUUUUUUACAUUUUGUUGUUUUAUAUGAAGAGGCCCUUGGUGUCAAAAUGUGAUUUAAAUGGAAAACUGGAAUAAUUUGAGAUGGGAUGCUCAAAGUCUCAUGAAGCUUAAAGAACAACAUCCUUCAUCAGAAUGUGAUCUCGAUAAUAAAAUCAAUCAUUUUUAAUUACU